GCAUAAUAUAUCAUUCUCCCACUAUCUUUGGAACUCUACCCUUUUUCCCUUCAGCAAAUUAAGGGGCAAGUCUUGUCGCAGUCUUUCUCCUACAUUUCCAUUUGUUAAGGUGCAAGUAAUGGCUCCUAACGACACCAAAUGUAUAACACCUAUGAAAGCGACAUCUAACGGCGUGUUCCAAGGCGACGAUCCUCUUCACUACGCGCUUCCCCUUCUCAUCAUACAGAUAUGCCUCGUCUUGCUCCUCACCCGAGCCCUUGCUUAUCUUCUCCGCCCACUCCGCCAGCCACGUGUCAUCGCUGAAAUCAUAGGUGGAGUUCUACUAGGGCCAUCAGCUUUAGGCCGCAACGAGAAAUAUCUGCAUGCUGUAUUCCCAGCCAAGAGCCUCACAGUUUUAGACACUAUUGCCAAUUUGGGUCUCCUAUUUUUCCUAUUCCUAGUGGGACUCGAGUUAGAUCCAAAAUCACUCAAACGCACCGGGAAGAAAGCCCUGAGCAUCGCUCUCGCAGGAAUCACCCUUCCAUUCGCUCUAGGAAUUGGGACCUCAUUCGCCUUCAAAGCCACAAUCUCAGCCGAUGCAAAGCCCGCCCCCUUUCUUGUAUUCAUGGGGGUCGCCCUCUCCAUCACUGCCUUCCCCGUGCUGGCCCGCAUUCUGGCCGAGCUCAAGCUCUUAACCACGGACGUCGGCCGCAUGGCCAUGUCCGCUGCUGCAGUCAAUGACGUGGCCGCUUGGGUUUUACUCGCUCUGGCUAUCGCCUUAUCCGGCACCGGCCGCUCCCCUCUCGUCUCCCUAUGGGUCUUCUUAUGCGGCUUCGCCUUUGUCUUUCUCUGCAUCCUGUUGGCCCCACCUGUUUUCAAAUGGGUGGCGCGCCGAUGCCCUGAGGGCGAGCCGGUUGACGAGAUAUACAUCUGCGCUACUCUAGGUGUUGUAUUGGCUGCUUCACUGGUGACGGACACAAUCGGAAUCCAUGCCUUGUUCGGAGCCUUUGUGGUUGGUGUUCUUGUGCCUAAAGAAGGCCCCCUUUCUGGGGCUCUGGUGGAGAAGGUUGAGGAUCUUGUUUCGGGUAUUUUCUUGCCGCUUUACUUUGUCUCGAGCGGGCUCAAGACGAACGUAGCCACUAUCCAAGGCGCGCAGUCGUGGGGCCUCCUCGUGCUAGUGAUAUGCACAGCGUGCACGGGGAAGAUCUUUGGCACGGUGGUCGCUUCGAUGCUGUGUAAGGUCUCUUUCAAGGAGGCCAUCACGCUCGGUUUCUUGAUGAACACGAAGGGACUGGUGGAGCUCAUCGUGCUCAACAUUGGGAAAGACCGCGGAGUCCUCAACGACCAAGCUUUCGCUAUCAUGGUGCUGAUGGCCUUGUUCACAACAUUUAUAACCACGCCGGUGGUCAUAGCGAUAUACAAGCCGGCUCGGGUGGAGACGGCCGAGUACAAGCACAGGACCAUCCAGAGGAAGGAGAGCAAUACUCAACUACGUAUAAUGGCUUGCUUCCAGAGCACCCGGACGCUUCCUACGCUCAUUAAUCUAAUGGAGGUCUCGCGCGGGACGGGGAGGCGAGGCGGCCUCCGCGUCUACGCAAUGCAUCUAACCGAGCUCUCCGAGAGAUCUUCCGCGAUUCUCAUGGUGCAUAAAGCUAGGAACAACGGGAUCCCCUUCUUCAGCAAGGAGAAGGCGACCGAUUCGACGCAGGUCGUUGUCGCGUUCGAGGCCUUCCACCAGCUCAGCCACGUGUCCAUCCGGCCGACCACGGCCAUCUCCUCGAUGACGACCAUGCACGAGGACAUCUGCAGCGCCGCGGAGGCGAAACGCGCCUCUGUGGUCGUGCUGCCCUUCCACAAGCACCAGAGGAUCGACGGGCACAUGGAGACCACUCGGGAGGAGAUGCGCCACGUCAACAGGCGCGUCCUCGAGUGGGCCCCUUGCUCGGUCGCGAUCCUCGUGGACCGCGGCCUGGGCGGGGCGGCCCAUGUCCGCGCCAGCAACGUGGACUACGUGAUAACGGCAUUUUUCUUCGGUGGGCCUGACGACCGCGAGGCGCUGGCGUACGGGGCGAUCAUGGCAGAGCACCCCGGCGUCAGGUUGAACGCGGUGCGAUUCUACGUGGAAUCGCACGGCGGAAGCUCUGUGAAGGUGGACAUGGGCGAAGAUAUUGACGGGUUCGAAUCGAGGUUGGGCGACGAGGAAUUUAUAUCGGGUUUUAAGGAAAGGGCGGGGAAGGACGGGUCGAUUAAGUAUGAGGAGGCGGUGGUGAAUGAUGCGGCGGAGGCGGUGGAGGUGAUGCGGGCGCAUAAGAGUUGCAAUUUGUUUUUGGUGGGGAGGAUUUCGGAGGGGGAGCUGGCGGCAGCGAUGAAGAAGAAGAGUGAGUGUCCGGAGCUGGGGCCGAUUGGGAAUCUGUUGAUUUUGGCGGAGCUGUCGACGGCGGCGUCGGUGCUGGUGAUGCAGCAGUACCGGAGCCAGUUGAGCGAGCAUUCGUUGAAGUCUUUGCAAGAAGAUGAGGCAGCGUCCGAGAUGGAUGACUAUGAUUCUGAAUGAAAGGUUUGAUCAGUGCACAUAUAAAGGUUGUGAAUAAGGAGAAGGUGAAGCAGCGAAUUAUCUUCUUUAGGUGUUUGUACCAAGAUUUGUUCUUUUCAUUAAUGUAAUCUUGUAUUUCAUGUGUAUAUUUCCAAGUUGAAAAA